CGCGAGUCGCGCCAGUCGAUAAAAAAACUUCGACCGUGUUGGACGGGAAAACUCGGUUCGGCGGCUAUGCGGGUAUUUUUAAUCUAAGCCAUCAAAAUCCACAGCUACAGUGCAUUAAAUCGAUCGGAAAGUCGAGGCAAUAUUUCUGAAAGUGUUUACAAAUCGCUGGCAUCGUAGUCGUUAAUUGCAAAAAGCUUCUCAAAGUAAAGUAAAUCGCGAGCAUUAGCAACCUAGAGUGUUAAACCAAAUGUUAGUCUAAGCCUAAAGUGUAAAACUAGUUUAAGACCCCCAAAACAAAGAAAGCAAACCGCAAAAUCGCAAACGUGUUAAGACCUAAACCUAAACGCGUCUAAGCCAAACGCCUUAAUAAACAACAACUUCAGCAGCAGCAGGAUAACCAGCGAAGAGUGAAAGAGAGCUCCUGCAAGAAGCUCUCUUUGGCGCCGAAGGAGCAACUAUUUCAUCCGCACCGUUGCCCAGUAACUCGGCAAAAUAGCUAAGUCCAUUUUGCAGUUCCUUAAAAAGAAAAAGUCCCAUCAUAGUUCCACAUCCGGCGAGGGAAAGCUACAAGCGCAGUCCAGUUGCGAGGAGGAGGGCGGAGCGGCAGCGGGAGGAGCGGGAGCGGCAGCGGGACCCCCAACGGACCAGGCUAGCAGCAGCAGGAGUACGCCCCCCGCAGCCACGACCACGCCCUGUUCGGGGGCGGAAUCAGGCGCCAACAGCGGAGGAGGAGGAGCAGUAGCAGGGGCCAGCAGCUCCGGCGAAGAUCAGGCCCAGGUUUCGGCCAGCGCCACUUUCCGGCUGUCAUCCCUAACGGGCACCAUCUCCAAAAUGGGCAACAACGCCACCACGUCAAACAAGAAGGUCGACGCCGCCGAGACGGUCAAGGAGUUCCUUGAACAGGCCAAGGAGGAGUUCGAGGACAAGUGGCGCCGCAAUCCGACCAACACCGCCGCCCUCGAUGACUUCGAACGGAUCAAGACCCUGGGCACCGGGUCCUUUGGCCGCGUUAUGAUCGUCCAGCACAAGCCCACGAAAGACUACUACGCCAUGAAGAUCCUCGACAAGCAGAAGGUGGUCAAGCUGAAGCAGGUGGAGCAUACGCUGAACGAGAAGCGCAUCCUGCAGGCCAUCCAGUUCCCCUUCCUCGUCUCGCUGCGCUACCACUUCAAGGACAACUCCAACCUGUACAUGGUGCUGGAGUACGUCCCCGGCGGCGAGAUGUUCUCGCACCUGCGCAAGGUGGGCCGCUUCUCGGAGCCGCACUCGCGCUUCUACGCGGCGCAGAUCGUGCUGGCCUUCGAGUAUCUGCACUACCUGGACCUCAUCUACCGCGAUCUGAAGCCGGAGAACCUGCUGAUCGACUCGCAGGGCUACCUCAAGGUGACGGACUUCGGCUUUGCCAAGCGGGUCAAGGGUCGCACUUGGACGCUGUGCGGCACGCCCGAGUACCUGGCCCCGGAGAUCAUUCUGUCCAAGGGCUACAACAAGGCCGUCGACUGGUGGGCGCUGGGCGUGCUCGUCUACGAGAUGGCCGCCGGUUAUCCGCCGUUCUUUGCGGAUCAGCCGAUCCAGAUCUACGAGAAGAUCGUCUCCGGCAAGGUGCGCUUCCCGUCGCACUUUGGCUCCGAUCUGAAGGACCUGCUGCGCAAUCUGCUGCAGGUGGACCUGACCAAGCGCUACGGCAAUCUGAAGGCGGGCGUCAAUGAUAUUAAGAACCAGAAGUGGUUCGCCUCCACCGACUGGAUUGCGAUCUUCCAAAAGAAAAUCGAGGCGCCGUUCAUUCCGCGGUGUAAGGGUCCCGGCGACACGAGCAAUUUCGACGACUACGAGGAGGAGGCGCUACGGAUCUCCAGCACCGAGAAGUGUGCCAAGGAGUUUGCUGAAUUCUAGAGAAGCUCUUCGCCAGUCAGCCCAAAUCCCCUCGUUCUGCAGGCGUCUGCAACUGCAAUUGUAUCUGCUACUGCGAUUGUAUCUGCAACUGCUCCUGCUGUUGCCACCGCCGUGGCAUCGCGGACCACGUCCUCAUCGUCGUUGUCGUCGUCUUGUCUAUAUGUCUACUACUUACAACUACAACAACUGUAACAGCCACCCACAACACAACAACUACCACAUCUGAGUCUAUCUGGACAUCUGUAUGUCUGCAUCUACUCCACAUCCACACUUUUGUCAACAUUGGAUUCCUCACCACACACAACAAUUUACAUCAACCAUUUCCCUACGUCUUCAUGUGGGACCCAGCCGGAACAAUCUUUUCAUCUUGUGUGUGAUGCUUGGUGGAAGGACUUGGAAGACUUGAAGAUUUAAACUCCGGAUACCGAAACAAGAUAUAGAAACCGAUAAAAUAAUGACUUACACAUUAAUAUUCAUUCAUAACAUAUAGCGUAUUUAACCACGAGACUACAGAUAUUUAGUUGUAAACGUAGCUUAGUCUUAACUAAAGAAUUCAAGAGAAACCGAUAAAGAACCAGCAACAGAAGCGAAAGUGAACGGAAGACACUGAAAAAAAAAAACAGAGAAUACAUAAGAGGAAAUCCAGGAGAAUUGUCAUCUAAGCCAGGGCUAAAGAAUUUCAUUUAAUUUCGAUCGAUUCAGGUCGGUCUCUCAGUCAGCUGCAGCAACAACAACAAGUUGAGAGUAUAAAACGCUUUAAUAAUUUUUAAAUUAAAUACAAAAUGUUAAAAUUAACACAAAAAUUAUGGCGCACGCAGUGUGCUUGACAAAAAAAAGCAACAUCAACAAGAAAACAAAAAAGCAGGCAAAUCUUGCGACAAACUAAAGGUGUAAUAUGUACGGGAGAAGAGCAGAAACGAGUUGAGGCCCUUAGAAAAACACAAAUAGCAAAAGUCGCUGCCGAAUGAGGACACUUGCCGGCCAGGUGACCAGUGUGUGUGAAAUCAGUCCGGAGUUGACACCCCGCCCCACUGGACGCCCUAAUGCCCCCGCCUUUCCGCUAAGCGAGCUUGCGUUCAAGUAGCCCCGACGAUUUGGCGUCUUUACCGUAGACAUGUCUCUAGAUAUUUAUAUAUAUUCGCGUAUAUAAAUGUUGUACAAUCAGCGACGACGUGCAACAAUAAACCAACCGCCCGACCCGGAUCACGAACAGAACCAUAUUCGAAAGCAGAAUCAGAACAUUACCCAUUUCAACAGUGGCACCUAAACAAAUGCGCACUCACUCAUAAAUAGUUGUCCAUCCAACAUCCACUACUCGCAAGGAACCACAUCAACUACUCAAAACUCUAAAGUAUAAACACUAAAGCAAGUAAAGCUAACAAAAAAGAAACAUUUGAAACGCAGCAAGAAAUAUAUAAAGCAAAAAACAAAAUCUGAAUGUUUACAUUUAAGACACAUAAAACAAAAAAGAAAGAAACCAAAAAAAAAAAAUCAACUGAAAUUUGUGUGUAUAAAACGUAUAAAACUUAGCAUUAAUGAAAUUAAAGAAGAAGCGGAUGCCGAAGAUGUCGACGGAGUCAUGUCUAUAUAUACACAAAGAUUGAAGCAUUAUACUUACCAAGAGCAGAACAAAGAGAAUAUCAUGUGCAUGUGCUAAGUAUAGUUAUUUGGAGCAGAGAGAAAUGAAGAGAAAAAGGCAACUAUAGCAGUUAUAUUCAAGUAAAUAUCGAUCGGAGUAUAUUUAUUGUUUCGUUAUGUGCGGAGAGGAGUGGUAAUCAUUUUAAUUGGCCGUAGGAGAUAUCGAAAUCGUUACCAAACUACCUUUUAUUUUAGCGGCACUUCUCCGCAUUCCUUUCCCUGUUAUUAUUUAUUUUUAAAAGUCAAGACUUUUAAAUUAUGUUGUUGUUGUGAGAAGAGAAGAUAUAUAAAGAGCGAGAGCAACUCGGGAUCGUAAAAAAUAUAAUUAAUUUAUAAAUACUUUUUAUGUUUUCUAUGAUUAUUUGUUCAACUAGUUGCGAGACAAAAGUCAUAAAUAGGCAUUAAUUAAGCAUCUAAAUUUAAUGGUAAAUAAAAGUAAACAAAGUAAACAUACAAAACCGAAAUCAAUCGAGUAAGAAGACGAUGUUUGUAGCCACGAAAUGUUCACAUCACAACCAAAUUGUCUCCCUUUAUAUGAAACAUACACAUGUUUAUGUGUUUCUAACUAGUUUGUGUGGAGAACUAUCGCCGAUCCUUUGAUUUGUGUCCUUUGUCAGUCACCCAAACAAAAACAAAAACAAAACAAAAACACACGGACUAACACACAUAAGCAUAUUCUGAAAAUAAUCUACGGUAGUCUGAGCAUACAAAUUUAAUGUGGAUAUAUAACUAAAUAUAUAUAUUCGAAACAUAUGUGCAGUAAGAGAGCAAGAAGUCGAUCUUUAAUUUUGUGCAAUUUUUGUCUUGUGUUAGUAAACUUUUUACGGUAGCUGUUAACACUGCUCUAUAUAGACGCAGAUACAGUAUCUGAGGAGCCCAACCUGAGCUUUACUAUUUGACUAACGAUUUGAAUGCUUUACGUUUUUGUAUUAAAGAAACAUUAUGCACUAAUUUGUACUACUUUUAAUACAUCAUCUAUCUUUUUUUUGUACUCUUAAAGCUUCUCCCUCAGUCUAAAUGUUUGUUCGGUUAGGUAAGCCAGAAGAGAGAAUCCUUUUUGUUGUUGUUUCAUGUGAGUGCGAGCUAAUUCGAGGUACACAUUAACAAAACAAAAAUAUAUAUUGAAAAUUAUAUAUAUAUAUAUGUGAGAAGAACCAGAACGCAAGAAAAUGAGAAAGCAAAAUUCAAGUUAUUUAAUUUAGUUUUUACAUUUAAGUUUAUAUAGCAAGUGCAUAUAUAUACAAAUAUAUAUAUAUAUAUAUAUUUAAAAACCAACAAAUAAGAUAACAAAUCUUAAAAAAAACAACAAGCAAAAACAACCAAACAAACACAACAAGCAUACAAUAAAAAACAAAUUUGAGAAAAAGUAAAAGAAUUAUAAGUAAAAUGAUGAUUUAAAGAGGAGAGGAAGAGAAACAAGAAAACACAAAGGAAAAGAAACAAACAAACAAAAAAAACCAAUAAAAUGAAUUUGAAAUCCUUAAAAAA